GCCCAAGCUAUUUAUGGUAUCUCCCCUGUUCUUAGUGCUUGUCUCAUCGAGAAGCGUGUGGCGCAGCACGGACAGAAAUAGUCGGUAGGAUGUCCAAAGAGGGCCAACCACGUGAGCCAGAGCAGCUGCGGAAGCUCUUCAUUGGAGGUCUCAGCUUUGAAACCACAGACGAUAGUUUGCGGGCGCAUUUUGAACAAUGGGGCACCUUAACGGAUUGUGUGGUGAUGAAAGAUCCAAACACCAAACGCUCCAGGGGCUUUGGGUUUGUCACUUAUUCCAGCGUGUUCGAAGUCGAUGCCUCUAUGGAUGCACGGCCCCACAAGGUCGAUGGUAGGCUUGUGGAGCCCAAACGAGCUGUGUCUCGAGAGGACUCCAACAAGCCAUUUGCUCACACAACUGUGAAGAAGAUCUUUGUGGGUGGCAUUAAAGAUGACACUGAGGAGAACCAUCUUCGUGAUUACUUCAUACCAUUUGGCAAAAUUGAGGCCAUUGAGAUAAUGGUUGACCACAAGACCGGAAACAAAAGAGGCUUUGCCUUUGUUACGUUCGAUGACCAUGAUGCCGUUGAUCGUAUCGUCAUUCAAAAAUACCACACUGUGAAUGGGCACAACUGUGAAGUCAGAAAAGCUCUGUCUAAACAAGAGAUGCAAAACACUGGCAUGAACAUGAGAGGCCGUGGUGGUGGAGGAGGUGGAAACUUCAACAGAUAUGGCAACAAUGGUGGCUACAACAAUGACUUUGGAGGCGGUGGUGGCAGCGGCGGCAACCGCGAUGGCUAUUUUGGAAGAGGAGGCAGAGGUGGUGGUGGCGGCAGCGGUUAUGGAGGCGACUGCUACAACAACGGAUUUGGUGGCGGAGAUGGUAAUUAUGGUGGCGGCCCUGGUAACUAUGGUGGAAACCGUGGAUAUGGAGGUGGCGGCGGAGGAGGACAUGGUUAUGGCAACCAGGGUGGCGGUUAUGGUAGUAGUGGUGGCGGCGGCAACAGCAGCGGCGGCGGCUAUAAUGACAAUUACAACAACGGCAAUGGAAACUUUGGAGGUGGCAACUUUGGAGGUGGUGGUGGCGGCAGCGGAGGUGGUAACUACAGUGACUUUGGCAGCUAUAACAACCAGCAGUCCAACUAUGGUCCCAUGAAAGGGAACUUUGGAGGUGGCGGAGGAAGAAACAGUGGCCCAUAUGGUGGUGGCUAUAGUGGUGGAUCUGGUGGUGGAUAUGGAGGCAGCUCUGGUGGAAGACGGUUUUAAGCUCAGAAAGGACUGAGUGCUUUAGGAGAGGAGAGCGAGAGAAGUGACAGGGCAGAUGCAGGUUUACAUCCCUAGAUCUGCUCAGCCAAACAGGUUUGGCAGAUUUACAGCUGCCACCAGAAGAAGUGUACAGUAGUGCUAUCAUGUGUGGGACAUCAUGAAUUUGUCAUCAUGCAGACUUAUUUUAUAUUGUCUAUGGAAAAAAGCAUUCCAAUGAGGUUUUAUGUAGAACUACUUUCAGUCUUUAUGGUUUUGAUUUAUGUAACCAAUCAAGGUGAAAUAAAACAUCCUUUUUGUUUU